AUGCAGACGAUCGAGUGGCUGAUCGCCGGUGGGGCGGACGUGAACGUGGCGACGGAGAACAUGAACACGCCGCUCAUGGUGGCCAGCGCCUUCGGCCACCUCGAAUGCGCCAACAAGCUCAUCGAGGCGGGGGCGCAGGUCAACAAGUGCAACAUCUUUGGAUGGAAGGCGCUCCACUUUGCCGUACACGGAGGCUACGCAGACAUCGUCAUUGCCCUGUUCAAGGCCGGGGCGAGGGACUCGCUUGCCAUCCACAGCACCAACCCAGACAACACGAACCCCAAGAGCAAAACGGCGCAGGAAAUGGCGGUGGACGUUGGGCGAGACGACGUCAUACGUGUGUUCGACAUCUACCUCACCAAGAUACCGGCCUACGAGCGCGAGAUCAAGAAGAAGACGAUCCUCGAGAAGAAGAACUCCUUCCAUCACUCCAAGGGCUAA